AUGACCACCAAGAAACGAAAGAGCGACGGGAUUUCUGCUUCGCCAUGCCAUCCAUUCAUCAAGCCUAGAUCUAAUGGAACGAAGCAAUUCAACGACAAGUCCAUACCGGUACGUCUCCAACAGGAGCUAGACAUGUCUGGUUUCCACAUCUUUGAAUGCAUCUCGGACAAGGGAUUUUUCUCUUGGAAACCUGCUCGUGGAACUCCCUACGAGGCUCUCGAGAGCAUAUCAGAUGCAAAAGACUUCACCAAGUUCUUAGACUUGAAUGGCAAACCCGACGUUUUGGUCCACCCAUCGAGAAUCCAGACACCGAAAGCAUUUCAAUCCCCCCCUCCCGACGAGUACGAAAACAAGUAUCCUUUUGGAAAGAUUGAUGCAACCUGCCUGUACGUGGCCUCUCGCCAUCGCAACAUUGACUUUGCUGCCGAUAUUGAUUUCUACUUUGGAGGGUCCACGUUGGAAAUGUUGGCAAGUUGUGAUGCCUCGGAACCGUUCGUGGCCACUCUUCUUCCAGACACACGGGUCAUUCUGGUUGUGAAGAACAAGGAGUACAUUCAGAAUCUGUCCGCUCAGGGCUUCCAGUUUGAACGUCUCAUGACUGGCAAACCAUUGCGAGGACACAUCGACGACGGCACAAAUGUGAUUUCAUCCGUGGAACAUCUUCAUGUUAUGAAUGUUGGUACCCACCGCGUCUUUUUUCGAGCUGAGGUGGAUGCCAUCGAUGAACAAGACGGAUAUCCCGUGGAAAUCAAAACAUUGAGUCCUCGACAUUGGAGGACCAAGGUUAUGUUUCAAAUGAUAAGCAGUGGUAGCACACGGCUCUGCCAUGGCAUCAAGGGUCCUGGCUACUUACAGAACAUUUGCAUGAAGCCUUUACACGAGGUAUCGCGAACAGCUCUAGUGGGAUCCCGCGGAGUGCAACAUUUGGAAGACACGAUUUUGAAAGGUAUGACCAGUCUCCGUUCUCAGAUGAAGAAUGCCAAGCCUGGAGAAGUGUUUCGCAUUUAUUUUCGAAGUGGUACGCUUUCUCUGAACCGGGAGCGAGCGAAUAUCCUUCCACCACCGGACAUUGUUCGUGAGCUGGUGGUGUCCAAGAGCAUUGAGUGA